UUUCCGUAAAUUCUUAUUUCCUGACGUUAAUUUAAUUAGUUUUGUUGUUUUAUCUUAUUCAAUGAAGUUUUUGAAAGAUUAGUUAUUAUAUUUGUUUGUAUGUAACCAUUCGUAAAUUUUUGUACACUAUCAGGUUCAUUCUUUAAAUCGUUGGAAAUAUAUCUAAAGACCUGUCGAUACUUUCGAUAAAUUAUCUUUAUGUCGUAUCUUUUUGUUGUCGCACAACCUGUGCGCACACAGAUAUAUAUGUAUAAUGUUCCGUUACAUAAUAUAUAUAUAUAUACAUAUAUAUUAAAUAUAAUAAGUAAUCUAUAUAUAUAUGGAGAAAUGUUAUAUUUUAUUUUUUCCCUCAACUUCUCAUUUCCGAUCUAUCUGUUGGAAAAAAAAAACCUAUCGAAUUUUUUUUCGUUGUGAGGCGCCUCUCUCGCUUCGGUAUGAGAAACGCCUGGACGCCAUUUCAGUCUGCGGAACGCUGCACCGCAUAUCCGUUCGCCUUUCCAAUGCAGUUUGAACUAGGUGGACAAGGUCGUGCGGAUUGCGGUUGGAAAAACAUGAAGAGCACGUGGAGGAUAGUCACAGCUAUACUAAUAUUUUGGCUUUUUAUCCUCAUCUAUAUGAGUGCCAACCUAUAUCAAUCAAGCGACGUCACCGAAAAUGCAGAGCGUCAAUUAACUAGGGCUAUGAAAGAAUUAGACGAUCUUAGGGAACAGAAUAAGAAAUUAUAUUCACUGGCAGAAGAGCUUCGGCAUCUGAAAGAAAUUGCCCAAAAGGGUGGAAAAAAUUGCGAGGAGUUACAAAGUAGGCUAGACGACGCUAAUUCAAAACUUAAAUCAGUAGGCGCAAAAGAAACGGAAUCAGAGAAAUUAUCUCUUACUGACUUUUCUCCGAGUUCUGAAAUGGAGAAAUCUAGGCGAAAAAUUGAGAAUGGCGUUCAAGAAAUGUGGUUUUUUCUUCGAUCCCAGCUAGGAAAAUUGAAAGAAAGCCUAGGAAAGGAUUCGCCAAUUAAUCAGAAAGUUGAUAAAAUUUUAGAAAAUGGAGCUGAUCAUAGCCGAACAAUACAAACUGAUUUGCAUCGACUUUAUGAAUCUGAACCAAUGGCAACUUGGAGAAAGAAGGAAGCAGAAGACUUAUCCGAUAUCAUUCAACGACGGCUUUUUUAUUUACAAAAUCCGAGUGAUUGUUCAGCGGCUAAAAAGCUUAUUUGUAAUAUCAAUAAAGGAUGCGGAUACGGUUGCCAAUUGCAUCAUUUAGUAUACUGCUUUAUGAUUGCUUUUGGUACUAAGAGGACACUAAUUUUGGAAUCUCACGGCUGGAGAUAUUCGCCAGGUGGAUGGGAGACAGUAUUUCAGCCCAUAAGCAGAACUUGUAAAAGUCCAGGCAGUGACAUGAGAAGGAUGUGGGGCCCUCCUGAAGUCAUUGAAAAUGUCAAAGUUGUUGAAUUGCCAAUAGUCGAUUCUCUACGACCAAGACCGCCAUUUUUACCUCAGGUCGUACCUCUCGAUUUAGCAGAACGUUUAGACCGUCUUCAUGGCUCUCCUGGAGUUUGGUUUGUUGGACAAUUCAUGAAAUAUUUGCUCAAACCCAAUUCGGAUUUGCUUAAGGAAAUAGAAAAGGCGGAAAAUCGCCUCGAUUUUAAGGGGCCUAUAGUUGGAGUUCAUGUGAGAAGAACUGAUAAGAUAGGAACUGAAGCUUCAUUUCAUAGUAUAGAAGAAUAUAUGUACCAUGUCGAGGACUAUUAUAAAUACUUGGAGAAGCAGAAUAAGGAUAUAGGAAAAAAACGUAUCUAUCUAGCAACAGACGAUCCGGAAUUAUUGUCGGAAGCUACAAUGAAGUAUCCUAAUUAUGUUUUUGUUAGCGAUGUGGAUUUCUCUAAAACAGCUAGUAUGGGAACUCGUUAUUCCCAUGCAUCUCUGAUAGCCGUUAUAUUAGAUAUACAUUUCCUCUCAAAAUCUGACUUUCUUGUUUGUACAUUUUCCUCACAAGUUUGUCGAGUAGCCUACGAAAUUAUGCAGACUUUACACCCCGAUGCAUCUGCAAGAUUCCGUUCAUUAGAUGAUAUCUAUUACUAUGGUGGCCAAAACGCUCAUAAUCAGGUUGCUAUCGCCAAUCACCAGGCGCAGGACGGAGAAAUCGAGUUAAGAGUAGGAGAUACUAUUGGUAUAGCUGGUAACCAUUGGGACGGAUAUUCGAAAGGCUUAAAUCGUCGUUCUAGUCGAACAGGCCUCUACCCGUCUUACAAAGUUGCUGAAAAAUUAGUUGUCGCUAAAUUUCCUACAUUGGGUGUUGAAAGCAGGAAAACUGUUGAUAAACAGUAAUCUUAAAAAAUAAUCUGAUCUAUUCUAAAAUCCAAAGCUUUUUU